AUGGAAUCCGGAUUUAAUAAAGAAAAUAGCAAUAAUUUACCAAAAUUUGACGCCGUUAUGCUUGACAGGUUUUUCGCAUCAAAUAUUUUGGUCUCACGAUCUUCAUACGGAGAUGAUGCCAUAAGCUAUGUGCAACUUAAGCGCGAUGCUAUAUUGUGUACUGUAAAGCGCAAAAUAUGUCCAGAACACAAAGUCCACGCUAAAUUAUAUGAAUGCGCACUGGUAGUUGACGAAGAUGAUGAUAUCAUUGUCUCUGUCUUAUGUCAAAACUGUGCAGCUUCACAGGGUGGUUGCAAGCACGCAAUAGCGUUUCUUAUGUGGGUUCAUCGCCGAAGUGAGGAGCCAUCAUGCACUUCGAUGGAGUGCUAUUGGAAAAAAUCGAAGCGAAAGACUUAUUUAAUAAAAUUAUUUGAAGAAGAAACAAGAGAACAAUCCAAUAGCAGUCUUUGGUUUGAACUGAGAUAUGGUCGAAUAACUGCUUCUAGAGCAUUCGAAGUAAGUCUUUGCAAAACAUAUGAUGGAACACUUAUAUCCCUCAUACUAGGUGGCAAAAUUUCCGACACUUCAUAUAUGAAACGUGGCCGUGAUCUGGAAGAUGAAGGGCAAAAAACCAUGGAAAGGCAAUUGAAAAAAAAAAAAUACGAAAUGCGGUUUAGUAUUAAGCAAAAUUUAUACCAUGAUUGCUGGAUCCCCAGAUGGAAUGAUGGAUGA